AUGGCUCUAAGUUUCCACGAUAUGACAACGUCGCAUUCUGUGGGUUUUCUUCUGUACCAAUUGGCCAAAAAUCAAGAGAAACAGGAGAUCUUGUAUCAAGAAAUAGAUUAUCUUCUCCCAUCCAAAGAAAGCAAAAUAACACCUGAAGUGUUCACCCAGCUGCGGUACGUCAAAGGUUGCUUAAAAGAGUCCCAAAGGUUAUUUCCAAUAAUUCCAGGCGUAGCUCGAAAGCUCAUGAAGGAAGUAGUAAUAGCUGGCUAUAGAAUACCUGCCGGAACGAUCGUUAUUGUGAACAACCGAGAAAUCUGCCGCCAAGAAAAGUAUUUCAAGAACGCCCUAGCUUUCGAACCAGAGAGAUGGCUAGACAGAGAGCCUUUGGUUCACCGGUUCAGUUUUCUUCCCUUUGGUUAUGGAGUUCGUAGCUGCAUGGGUAGAAGACUUGCCGAGCUAGAAAUUAUUUGUCUGACUACGGAGAUCAUUCGUCAGUUUAAAGUUGAAUACCAUCAUGAAGAUAUUGAUAUUUUGACCAGACUGAUCAACACACCAGACAAACCUUUGAAGUUCAAAUUUACAAGCAGACACUGAAAGCAAAUGAAUCUUAUUGAUGAACAAAAUUAACAAGACAGAGAAAUUUCAUCAAAAUAUAUUAAAAGGAGAUGUGUCGUACUAAAACCAAUAACAGACCAAACUCCAUCAACAGAUAUUAAAAAGAGAUGUAUCGCCUUUUUUUUGCAUAACAGACCAAACUUCAUCAACAGAUAUUAGGAAGAGACGUGUCGCAUUAAUAAGCAUAACAGACCAAACUCCAUCAACAGAUAUUCGAAAGAAACGUGUCAUAUUAAUAAGCAUAACAGACCAAACUCCAUCAACAGAUGUUAGAAAGAGACGUGUCGUAUUAAUAAGCAUAACAGAUUGAACUCCAUCAACAGAUAUUCGAAAGAGACGUGUCGUAUUAAUAAGCAUAACAGACCAAACUCCAUCAACAGAUAUUCGAAAGAGACGUGUCGUGUUAAUAAGCAUAACAGACCAAACUUCAUCAAUACAUAUUAAAAAGAGAUGUGUGGUAUUAAUAAGCAUAACAGACCAAAUUCCAUCAACAGAUAUUAAAAAUAGAUGUGUAGUAUUAAUAAGCACAACAGACCAAACGUCAUCAACAGAUAACGUUGGAUAUUGAAAAGAUCUUCCAAUAAGUAAAAAAAGAGACGUACACUAAAACUCAUGUAAAAUGUGUUUGACCUUGAGAGAGUACGUUAUUUCCUAGAAAGUUUAAAGAAAGGGGCCCGUAGUUGAGGUGGACUAGCAUGGCAAUAGUGACUAGAGAUCAUAAUAGAUUACCCGUUAAAAAUUCUCUUCAAUAAGGCUUCCUAAUUUGACUAAACUUCCUGAAAAUAAAUGAGUUCUUCAACGAGAGAGAGAGAGAGAGGACUUCAGCUUACCAGAGCCGAACAAUGCUUUAUUGAUAAGCUUAACAGACUAGUAUAAAAGACAAAAUUUUAACAAUUUUUGAUAUUGCCGUGAUUUGUAUUAGUGAUCGACUCUCCAUACCAAGUUCGGAAUUGACUUUCGUUGACAGAGAUAGCAAAAUAUCUUACCCUAUUUUAGUGUGUAAUGAACUAAAUUUUGAUUUUUCCUUCAAUGAAAAAAAAAAAAAAAAAAUGCUGAAAAUGAAAUUGCAAAAGCUUGAAAAAAUAAUUAAGUCGCUUAAAAUAUA